GUCAGAAUUCAGAAUUUCAUUUCAAGGGUCCGUACUUCUAAUCACUGCUUAUUAUUGACAGGAUCCAGAGAAAACCUGGAAUAAUAUUUGGGGGCCACAAUGGACGCAGUUGCCAUAGGAUGACUUUUGACUGAAUCGUCCUUUCCAAACGAAUGCAAAAGCAUAUAUGGCAAGAUGUCGUCUUCCUCGAUCUUUUCUGGCUCUCAAUUCAAAUAUUCUACCAAAAAAUAGACUUGGUCUGUUGUUCUAUCAUAUACUCACCGUAUCGGAAUAUCCGCAUUCUGUUCCAAUGCAUUGUCAACAGCCUCUUCUUGCUUACCUUUAUACGAUAUUGAGCGUCGCCAACAAGAACAAGAAUGGAUUCUCACCAAACACACAGGAACAUUCGAAUGUUUUGGAAAGUGUGCUCGGCUAUACCAACUCUCUGCCAGAUGCUUUAAAGCACAUUGUGGCCUCCGACAUUCAGAACCUUAAAGGCCCUGAAUGUACCCUAUCCUUCAACUGCCCACUUGAAUGGCCUGUCGGUCCUGAGAAUACCCUGACAGAAAAUAUAAUACACGGAAGUCAUGCAAAUGAUAGACCAGAGACAACAUGGAAUGUGACUCUGACAUUGUCAAUUUUCGACGAGAAAGAGACGGGUUACUGGCAGUGCAAGGACAGGCUGGAAGAGCUCUUAAUCAGAGGCCAAAAAGCUCUGGACCAGUCCCCAGACUUGAAGAAGCAACACCAUUUCAAGCAGGGUGGCUUUCAUAAAAGUCGUCCCACGCCUAUUACACAUCGUCAAUCCGAUCAGGCGGAAAUGGAGUCAUUGUCGCAAACAUACCGCGGGUUGUUCGAUUCUCUGCUAUCCUCUUUCCAGCGCCGAGUGGUUCAAAAAGCAGCAAACAUUGUCAGAGAAGGAAGGCUCAGACUACGGAGGCAGUUGAAACUCCCCCUUGAUCAAAACAUCUCUGUCAAUUCCCUAAGAGAACAGAGCCGGAAUCUUCUCAAAAGAUGCCCUUAUAUCCAUCUGACUAAAUGUGUGGAGACUGUUUGCAAUGAGAAAAAGAUAGAAAGGAUUUGCGGUCCCAAAGGCAAGAGUCGACCUGGGAAGAAAGACGAUAACUUCUGCAGGGUAUGCUAUCCAAGAAAGAAUGAUUUUCUCGCUAGAGAAUACUGCGAAAAGAUCAGAGCCUUGGAGCUUGAAGUCUUUUAUGCGUCCUGUGCAUUGUUGGUCAUUACCGUCUCAGUGGCUAUUAUCCUAUAUCUUCUGCGUGGACUUUGCAAACGAGUGAAGAAACGAUGUCAGCCUUUUCGCAACUUACGCGGAGACCAAAUUCCCAGAAGCCCUAUGGCGAGGACUAAAGUUGGAUCCUCUGUGUUCAGUAUGGAUUCUAUUCCCGCUAGCGUCCCUGGGAUUCUUUUCAAGAGCGGAAUGGAUAACUUGCGACGUGAGCGCAAUACUGCAGUGAGCGAUGAAGAUAAUUCGGAGGCGACACCAUCCAUGCUUCGCAGAAAGCUCAACCAGCUUGGGCUCUUUAUGAAAGAUUCUCGCAGAAAGGUUCAAGAUGUGUUUGAUCUAGAAUCGCUAUCCAAGCGAGAUGAGGAGAGUUCGACGAAUGUUCCAGUACUUCCUCGAGCCUCAAACGCAAACAUCAGAAGACAAGCCGAUAGGAAGAAAAGGACUGAUAAAGAGAGCUAUAAGGAUGACUCUCAAGAGUGCUAGAAGCCGGGUUGGGGCUGUUUCCGUGGCGGCGUAUGCUCAAAAUCAAAUUAUUAUGGUAUUGAAUUAGAGAUUGCCGGAGAAUGGCGCUGUAUUCGGUUAUGGAAUAGUGAUAAAGAUUGGAUCACCAACAGUGUUUCCCGUUACUAUCAAUGUUGGUUCCUUCUAGCCUUCACAACUGGCCGCGUAAGCACGAUGUGGAAUAGAAUCCCCGUAGAUAAUCUCGACAGGUCAUCAGGGGGGCUUAAAUGAUGGUGGCGUAGAGCGUGAGCCCAAGUCAUGUUUUCAGAAGUAAUUCUAGGAAGUCUGGUGUCAGUGCAUCAUUCUGAGGGCCUUUGGAGAGACAAAUUGGC